AUGGAGCUAGAGCCUUCUCCCCCAGGGUUGGAGGCUGAGUAUCGCACCAUCUUUACCGCAGGCUCCCUGGUCUUCCUACAGGAACUGGUCUCAACAUUUGAUGAAGAGGUCGACAAUGUAGGACACAAAGCACUAAUUCAUUGUUCCAUACAUUGUUCUAAAUAUAUUUGUUUUCUCUAGGCCCAUUUGUUGACAAACUAAGUGAUCAGUGAUCACCAAAAAUAUACAGUAUAUCAACCUAGUCUAAUACAGUAUAUGUCUUUCUGUCAUAUAAGAUCCUGAGGCUGAGAAUCUCCAGGAAGACCCACCUGGACCUGUCAGGUGACCUGCCGGGGUUCUGUGAGGUCACAGCCCCCGUGAGGAGCGACCCUACCUGGAGGGUCCGUCCAGUCCCCCAGAGGCUGCAGAGGAGACAUGUGGAUGUGGGAGACCUGGCCCCCUGCGACACCCAGCGCUUCAUUCAGGCCCUCAGCUCCCCUGCACAGGGCCUACAGGUACACAAUGGAGCCUGCAGGUAGAGGAUAUCCAGGGGUCGGAUUUUGCCAAUUAGCCUUGUUUGAUACAUUGUUGAAUGUAACAUACAAGUAACAUUGUUGAAUGCAGAAACAAUAAUGUAUGUAUCCAGUCUAGAAGAUUGCUACAAGGCAAGAGAUGUUGCAUAUAAGGAUGCUUUGAUAUAAAAGUUCCAAGUCUUAUAAAUCAGGUGAUUCUGGAUCUGUUGGUGGGCAGAGCAUUUCAGAAAAGCCUUCUUCAGUAUGUAGACAACUGUGUUGUUUUUCUCUUGCAGAUUGAUUUUGAUGAUGGAAACUGCCCGACGUACCACAACCAGAUAAAAGGCAUUUAUAAUGUUUACCGGGCGGUGCAUAAUCAAUUUCCCAGUGAGUUUAUAUCCACUCUAUUACCCAUUACUCACGGUUGGCUCGGUCCAAGGCAGGAAGCAUUUUGUUGGCACACAGCAUCUGAAUCUAAACGCAUCUAGAUACAGUAUAUCUUGAUUGUUUAACUGGACUUUAUAACAUCUUAUAUUUUAAUCACAAACCAUGUAUCUACUUUAUAACUUUCUACCAUGUUUAAGUAGAUCUAAAGAUCAGAGCGUUGUAUGAAGACCUGCAUUAUUAUUAAUGUAUACGCUCUACUAUUGCUGUCCUCCAACAGAUGCCCCCAAGAUAUCCCAGGCUCCUGUUCUGAUGCUCCGCCCUAGAGCCUGGAACAUGGUGGAACACAACAUGAUGGUACUGAGUUCUAACCUCAACACUCUCUGAUGUCCAUAUUCAUCUCAAUACCUCAGUAUCUAUGCAUACAACGUCUGGAUUGGCUGAAAGUGUAGAGCCAGCCAAAUGAUCAUGUUAUGUCUGUAACCAUCAUCAGGGGCGCAACUUUGGUUUUAGAAGUGGGGGGGGACAGUAUUUUUUCUUGUCAGAUAAACACGCCAAACAGCCUACCCGACCACUCGGAGGCGUCCGCAUGGUCCUAAAGCACACCGUUGCCUCGUUUGUAUCACAUUCCAAUGAUAAAACUGGUGGGGGGGGGGAGACAAAAAUGCAAUUUCAGAAUGUCCCCCCCGUCCCCAGUGAAAGUUGCGCCCCUGACCAUCAUCAUCUUAUUUUUGUGUGGAUGAUAUUUCAGCAGCGCUGAUGCAUCUGUAUGUAUGUAGGUUAAAGGCAAAGAGGUGCCAGGGCCGCUGUGUGAUUUCGGCCUCCUCAUGUUCCACUGUGGCAGGCUGUUGUUCGACAGCGAGAGUGGGCCAUUUUUCUACCUCUCCAAAGUAAGGCUAUGAUAGAUAGCUGUGCUCUUAUUGGCUGUUAGAAUAGCAAAUAUGAUUGACACGAAAUGGUUAAAAUAUAUAUAUAUUUUCCUCACACCCUUGCUGCACGUUAGGUUGAGAGCUACCUGGAGGCGAGACUUUGGAACAACAUAUUCCUCUGGACAGAGCAGAAGGUUUGUAGUAAGCCAACAUGGUAAAGGUGUCAAACGCUUUAGAACGGGAUGCUUGCUAUUUGAUUGCUUCUCUGAUAUACAGUAAAUUACUGAUCAUCAGUAAGAUUGAAUACCAGUGUCUCUCUGUGUGUGUGUGUCUCUGUGUGUGUGUGUGUGUGUGUGUGGUGUAUCCUCUAGUUGGGCCUGCCUGUGGGUAGCAUUAAGGCUACCGUGCUGAUAGAGAACGUGUUGUCAGCAUUUGAGAUGGAGGAGAUUCUGUAUGAGCUUAAGGAUCACUCCGCUGGACUCAACUGUGGGAUCUGGGAUUACUCAGCCUCCUUUGUCAACAAGUUCGGUGAGUGACUUCGAUCACUCAGUCAGAUCCUGUCUUUUCCAUGGAAGCUAAGGGUUUUUAUGGGUCUACAAAAUGUAUCUAUUCUGGCAAUGUUGGAGAAGACAGCUUUCAAGCUUUCAACCGUGUUGUAUUUUAGAUUGGGACCAUUCUGUCCCAAACAGCUCAGUUUAACCUUAUUAUAAAACUGAAUGCAGCAACUGCCUAAACAUGGGUAAUCUCUCUGGGUAUAUCUUGAUACAUCACUGGACUACUAGUUUACAAAAGGUCAUAUGAUUGUCUGCCAGGUCACCGAGGGGCCUUCCUGCUCCCUGACCGCAGUAAGUAUGUCAACAUGGAGAAGCUGUUCCUGCGGAGCUACAUGGACCUGCUGGUCCAGACAUGUCACCGUAGAGGAGCCCUGGCUACUGGGGGUAUGGCGGCCCUGCUGCUGCCUCAGAACAGGGACAGUGCCCCCUAUAGAGCAGCCUUGGCCAACGUCACCAGGCAAGGACCUACAGUGGGGAGAACAAGUAUUUGAUACACUGCCGAUUUUGCAGGUUUUCCUACUUACAAAGCAUGUAGAGGUCUGUAAUUUUUAUCAUAGGUACACUUCAACUGUGAGAGACGGAAUCAAAAACAAAAAUCCAGAAAAUCACAUUGUAUGAUUUUUAAGUAAUUAAUUUGCAUUUUAUUGCAUGACAUAAGUAUUUGAUACAUCAGAAAAGCAGAACUUAAUAUUUGGUACAGAAACCUUUGUUUGCAAUUACAGAGAUCAUACGUUUCCUGUAGGUCUUGACCAGGUUUGCUCACACUGCAGCAGGGAUUUUGGCCCACUCCUCCAUACAGAACUUCUCCAGAUCCUUCAGGUUUCGGGGCUCUCGCUGGGCAAUACGGACUUUCAGCUCCCUCCAAAGAUUUUCUAUUGGGUUCAGGUCUGGAGACUGGCUAGGCCACUCCAGGACCUUGAGAUGCUUCUUACGGAGCCACUCCUUAGUUAGUUGCCCUGGCUGUGUGUUUCGUGUUGUUGUCAUGCUGGAAGACCCAACCACGACCCAUCUUCAAUGCUCUUACUGAGGGAAGGAGGUUGUUGGCCAAGAUCUCGCGAUACAUGGCCCCAUCCAUCCUCCCCUCAAUACGGUGCAGUCGUCCUGUCCCCUUUGCAGAAAAGCAUCCCCAAAGAAUGAUGUUUCCACCUCCAUGCUUCACGGUUGGGAUGGUGUUCUUGGGGUUGUACUCAUCCUUCUUCUUCCUCCAAACACGGCGAGUGGAGUUUAGACCAAAAAGCUCUAUUUUUGUCUCAUCAGACCACAUGACCUUCUCCCAUUCCUCCUCUGGAUCAUCCAGAUGGUCAUUGGCAAACUUCAGACGGGCCUGGACAUGCGCUGGCUUAAGCAGGGGGACCUUGCAUGUGCUGCAGGAUUUUAAUCCAUGACGGCGUAGUGUGUUACUAAUGGUUUUCUUUGAGACUGUGGUCCCAGCUCUCUUCAGGUCAUUGACCAGGUCCUGCCGUGUAGUUCUGGGCUGAUCCCUCACCUUCCUCAUGAUCAUUGAUGCCCCACGAGGUGGGAUCUUGCAUGGAGCCCCAGACCGAAGGUGAUUGACCGUCAUCUUGAACUUCUUCCAUUUUCUAAUAAUUGCGCCAACAGUUGUUUCCUUCUCACCAAGCUGCUUGCCUAUUGUCCUGUAGCCCAUCCCAGCCUUGUGCAGGUCUACAAUUUUAUCCCUGAUGUCCUUACACAGCUCUCUGGUCUUGGCCAUUGUGGAGAGGUUGGAGUCUGUUUGAUUGAGUGUGUGGACAGGUGUCUUUUAUACAGGUAACGAGUUCAAACAGGUGCAGUUAAUACAGGUAAUGAGUGGAGAACAGGAGGGCUUCUUAAAGAAAAACGAACAGGUCUGUGAGAGCCGGAAUUCUUACUGGUUGGUAGGUGAUCAAAUACUUAUGUCAUGCAAUAAAAUGCAAAUUAAUUACUUAAAAAUCAUACAAUGUGAUUUUCUGGAUUUUUGUUUUAGAUUCCAUCUCUCACAGUUGAAGUGUACCUAUGAUACAAAUUACAGACCUCUACAUGCUUUGUAAGUAGGAAAACCUGCAAAAUCGGCAGUGUAUCAAAUACUUGUUCUCCCCAAUGUAUUCUACACAGUCAUCUAUACGUCAUCUGAUAUAUCCACUUAAUGUAUACAUUUCUUGCUUAUUUGAUCCUGAUCUGUUCUGUGUUUUUGGUCAUGGAACACAACAGCAGUGAAGACUGAUUGCUCGAUUAUGAUUUCACUGGGCUCCAAUUGCACCAUUCAGCUCUUCUUUUGUUUCUCCCUUUCUCAUAUUUCAGACUGAAGUUACUGGAGAUCAAAGCUGGUGUUGAUGGCUUCAUGGUGUAUGACCUGGGCUUGAUAGAGCCCAUGCAGAAAGUAAGUCCUUGAAGUAGGAAUUAUUGAGCUGUUGAGCUAUACCUUUCAAGGAACUGGUAUCUUCUCAGUAAGCAUUUCACUGUUAGUCUACACCUGUUGUUUACGAAGCAUGUAAAAAAUAAAAUUGGAUUUGUCACUCUCCCCACCUAUCUGUAUCCCUGCUUUUUCUCUGUUACUUCAUCCUUCUCUUCUCAGCUCUUCCAGCUGCAUACUCAGGGUGACAACCAGAUGCACCAGCUUAGAGAUGACCUCGCGGUUACCCCCGACAACCUGCUCUGUAUGCCAGCGGUCAGUUACUCAAUAACGUUGUGCUACUGUAUAUUUAUACUACACUAUACAUUUCUCUGGAAUACCAUUCCACAUCUCGUGUACUGAACUGCUCUAAAUGUUCUUCUAGGGUGGAGUAACCCUGUACGGCUUGAAGUAUAACAUCGCUGUAGGAAUCCUGUUCAUAGAUGCUUGGCUCAAAGGUGAGAAUUCAAGGGUAUGCAUCAUGAUGAACAAUCAUCCUUAAUGGAGGUUUUGUCCAUUUGGAGCCGUUUUGGGAUGGAUAUGUGAUUGAGUAAUGCUUGAUGUAAUGCUCCAUGGCUCUCCCGUAGGCAAAGGUCACUUCUUCUACAGGGGACAGGUGGAGGAUUCUGCAACUGCAGAAAUCUCCAGAUCCCAGGUAGGUUCACUAUAGUUUAGGUCAUCCUGUGCCGCACUUCCCACUGAAAAAACGUGAAAAAGAAGAGGAGUCCAGGGUCCAUUUCACGAGAUGUCUGUGUGGUGUUUUGUGUCCAGGUGUGGCAGUGGAUCCGCCAUCAGACGCAGCUGGAGGAUGAUGGGAGGGUGGUGACCCGGGGUAUGGUGACAGAGCUGACCCAGGAGGUCAUGGGGGAGCUCACAUGCUGUCACACUGUCAGGUAGGAGGAGUAGGACAAGAGCACAAGGUUUCCAAAAUAACUCAGGAACUCAAAACAUUCUGCGUUUCUAGAAGUUUCCUUUCAGUCUCUGCACUCUCUCCUUUGAGCCUCCAAUUCUUCCACCCUUCUAGAACUUUCUUCUGCCGUUCUCUCCUGACUCUUCCCCCCCUCCCCCCUCUAGGGAGGAACAGACGUUGUUGACAGCUGCAGCUAUGUUCCUGGAGGUGGUCCAGAAGAGAGACUUCCCAGAGUUCCUCACCACCUACCUCAACCUGGACCACACCUUCCUCAGCUCACAAGCCAAAAGGCAUGAGGGUGGGGCAGUAGGGGACGUGCCCAGACCAAAACUCUGA